AUGCAUGUCGCAUCCCUAAGGUAUACGGCUCGUAAUAUAUGGAAGGACAUCGUUCUGGUAAAAAGUCAUGGACGUAUUCGACGUCAAGGAUAUGGUACAUACAAUGGGUCGAAUGAUAACCAACAAUGCACAUCAUGUGUGCAGUUACAAUGUCCUCCUGGACCACCUGGACCACCUGGAGUAGAUGGAGAGCCUGGAGUUGACGGCGCACCUGGACGCCCUGGAAAACCAGGACUUGAUGGACUUGAUGUACCUCUUGAACCUGAACCUAGUUUUCCGUGUGUGAUUUGUCCAGCAGGACCUCCUGGAAGUCGAGGACCACAAGGCGAAACUGGCCGCCCAGGUCUUCCUGGCGAACCAGGCCAUCCAGGUCUUCCAGGACGUCCUGGAAAACCGGGUCGAGUUGGAGAUGCAGGGCGGCAAGGCGAACCUGGAGAACCAGGUGAACCAGGAAUAAAAGGCCCUCCUGGCGACGAUUCCAUUGGUGGCACAGGAAUCAAGGGUCCUCCUGGUCCACCAGGACCACGCGGACCCAAAGGGCCACCUGGACCUAACGGAAUGCCUUCACAAAGUCCAGGUCCUCCUGGUCUAAUUGGCGAAAUGGGGCCGCCUGGCCCACCAGGACCUCGAGGAGAACCAGGACCUCCUGGACCGUUUGGACCUCCCGGAGACGCUGGAGAACCUGGAGGUCAUUGUCCGUCAUCGUGUGGAGUGCAAGAAAUAGUUGCUCCCUCAAUUGCUGAACUGGAUACUAACGACGCAUACAGUGGAGGUUACGGAAAAAAAUAA